UGGGCUCUACGCACUGGACACUGACCACAGCCGGCAGCCGAAGGGUCAGGCAAGCCUUGGAGAAGACAUGCAGAGCAAACGGCCAGAGGGGCGGCAGGCAGAGGAGGGGGCCGCCGAGAACGGAGCUGAGGAGGACCUGGGGGGCCUCACGGCGGAGGAGCUGCGGCAGGGCCAGGAGGCGGCGCUGGCCCUGGAGGACAUGCUGGCCCUGAGUGCCCAGACCCUGGUCCGAGCCGAGGUGGACGAGCUGUACCAGCAAGUGCGUCCCCUGGGCCGGGGCCGCUUCGGCCAGGUCCUGCUGGUCACCCACCGUCAGAAAGGUACUCCCAUGGCGCUGAAGCAGCUCCCGAAGGCCUCCACGUCCCUCCGCGGCUUCCUGUACGAGUUCUGUGUGGGCCUCUCGCUGGGCGCGCACCCGGCCGUGGUGGCGGCCUACGGCAUCGCCAUCGAGUCCGCCGACUCCUACAGCUUCCUGACGGAGCCCGUCCUGCACGGGGACCUCAUCGCCCUCAUCCAGCCCAAGGUGGGCCUCCCGCAGCCGGCAGCCCAGCGCUGCGCGGCCCAGCUGGCCUCGGCCCUGGCGUACAUUCACUCCCACGGCCUGGUGUACCGGGACAUCAAGCCCGAGAACGUGCUGGUGUGCGACCCCGAGUGCCAGCGGGUGAAGCUCGCCGACUUCGGCCACACGCGGCCCCGCGGCACCCUGCUCCGCCUGACCGGGCCGCCCAUCCCCUACACGGCCCCGGAGCUCUGCGCGCCCCCGCCGCUCCCCGAGGGCCUGCCCAUCCAGCCCGCCCUGGACGCCUGGGCGCUGGGGGUCCUGCUCUUCUGCCUCCUCACCGGCUACUUCCCCUGGGACCAGCCCCUGGCCGAGGCCGACCCCUUCUACGAGGACUUCCUCAUCUGGCAGGCCUCGGGCCAGCCCGAGGACCGGCCCCAGCCCUGGGCCGGCCUGACGCCCGUGGCCGACACCCUCCUGUGGGGGCUGCUGGAUCCCCACCCCCGCAAGAGGAGCCCUGUGAGCUCCGUCCACGGCUACCUGGGCCGGCCCUGGAGGCAGCGGGAGGGGGAGGCGGAAGAGGUGGCUGAGGAGGUCGACGAGGAGGAUGGGGCAUGAGAAGGCUGGGGCGGCCUGCACCCCCGCUUGCCUGGGAGGCUCGGACAGGAGACUGGGCCCCACAUCCUGAGGUCUCCAGGGUGUUCACGUGGUGGCUUUUGGCUUCUCUCCUGCCUGUGUCAUUGCUUCCCUCUCUCUGUCUCCCUGUCUCCGUGCCUGGGCCUGUGGGGUCUCUGGAGUCCCCAUACAUCUACGCCCACCUGUGUCUCUCUGCCCCAGGGCCUUGGCACUUGCCGCCUCCUUAGCCUGCAGUGCCCUUGGCUCAUGCCCUCACCUCCUGCAAACCUGAAAUGCUUGCUCCGCAGGCUUCCUGGGCCCCCCAACCCUGGGUGGCCCUACAGGGGCCCCAAUGCGGAGCUGCUGCUCCCGCCGUCUCCCCAGUGACGCUCGGUCCCCUCGCGCUGCAGGAUGUACUUGUGGGGUUACCCCGCGUCCUGCUGGAGUGGGAGCUCCUGGACAGUGGGAUCCCGGCCUGUCCUGUUCUCUGAUGUGACCCACCCGGGCCGCCUUGGCCGUGGGUGGAGGGGGGCAGCAAAGGCUUGUUAGGUAAACAGACCCCGUGGCUUUGCAGCACCGUGCCCUCCCUUGUCUCUGUCUCCUCUCCCUGGGGCUACCCUUGCGCCCUAGCUCUUCCCUUCCCCCCGACGCUGGGCGACGCCCUCUAGGUAAGGGCCUUUCUCCUCUAAGCCCAGCCACACUCUGCAAAUAAAGCCCAUCUGGCACCGAGACCUCCUCACACCUGCUGGU